AGCACCACCGCCAUUUCUUUCUGUCUAUCUCAGACCAUCGUACAUUUCUUCUGCUUCGCGCUCAUCCCCGGCGAGAGGAGCUCUGCCCCCUUAGAGACGCAGCCUCCCGGACUACCUUUCGCUGUGUGUUGGUCGCGCCAGUCAUCGCCGCCGCAGCCUGCCCCUCAGCCGCGGGCGCCUACAGAGCCUUAUAACACAGCGAGCUCCGGGUCCCUGUCCGUGAGAGCUGCUUCGCCUCCGCCCGUUCCUCGAGCCCUCACUUCCCACGAGCGCAAUUCUUCGAAGACCCACUACCGUCCGUCAAACUAAGAGCUGCAGUGCAGGCCGACGCAAUGUCCGAACUACAAGGGCGCAAGGUGUUCAAGGUGUUCAACCAGGAGUUCAUCGUCGACGAGCGUUACAAUGUCACGAAGGAGCUGGGGCAAGGUGCUUACGGCAUUGUCUGUGCUGCCACAAACAACCAGACUGGUGAGGGCGUCGCCAUCAAGAAGGUCACCAACGUCUUCAGCAAGAAGAUUCUGGCUAAGCGAGCCUUGAGAGAAAUCAAACUACUGCAGCACUUCAGAGGACACCGCAACAUAACAUGUCUCUACGAUAUGGAUAUCCCGCGCCCGGAUAACUUCAACGAGUGCUACCUAUAUGAGGAACUCAUGGAGUGUGACUUGGCGGCCAUCAUCCGGUCAGGCCAGCCUCUCACCGAUGCGCAUUUCCAGUCCUUCAUCUACCAAAUCCUGUGCGGAUUGAAGUACAUCCACUCCGCCAAUGUCCUCCAUCGAGACUUAAAACCCGGUAAUCUGUUAGUCAAUGCCGACUGCGAACUCAAGAUUUGUGACUUCGGACUUGCCCGAGGAUUCUCUAUGGAUCCUGAGGAGAACGCGGGGUACAUGACCGAAUAUGUGGCCACAAGGUGGUACAGAGCGCCCGAGAUCAUGUUGAGCUUCCAAAGUUAUACGAAAGCCAUUGACGUUUGGUCGGUUGGCUGCAUCUUGGCCGAGCUGUUGGGUGGAAAGCCUUUCUUCAAGGGCCGAGACUAUGUCGAUCAGUUGAACCAGAUUCUGCACUACCUCGGGACGCCCAAUGAAGAAACCCUCUCCCGUAUCGGCUCACCCCGCGCUCAGGAUUAUGUGCGCAACCUCCCCUAUAUGAACAAAGUCUCCUUCCAGUCCCUCUUCCGGCAGGCCAAUCCAGAUGCUCUCGAUUUGUUGGACCGCAUGCUUGCCUUCGACCCCUCCAGCCGUGUCUCAGUCGAAGACGCUUUGGAGCACCGUUAUCUGCACAUCUGGCACGAUGCGUCUGACGAGCCUUCCUGCCCAACUACCUUCGACUUCCAGUUCGAGGUCGUCGAGGAUAUUAGUGAGAUGAAGAAGAUGAUCUUGGCAGAGGUUAAUCGAUUCCGGCAAAUGGUGAGGGUGCAGCCGGGCGGGCAGUCUCAGGGCCAGGGCCAGCAACCUGGACAGGCAGUCCCCAUCCCGAAUAACUACGAUAGAGCUGGUUACGAGGAUCCCAGGCCGCAUGAGGCUAUGAUGCAGGGUGGAUGGCAAGGAAGUGAGCUUGAGAGGGAUUUGCAGGGAUUGGAUGCUAGGGGUAUGAGGUAGAUUCCUUUUUACCUAAUCUCUUCUUUGUGUGUUGGGUUGCACCUGGGGAGGCCAGUUGUGGGUGGAUGGCUGGAUUUUCAUGGGAUAUGCGAGUGUCGUCUUUGGCUAUAUGGGGAAGAAAUCUGGAAAAGGGGACAUGUGUAAUGAGAGAUAGGUUGGGAUAUAUGUCAUGACUCUUAGGCGAAUGAACGAUGAGUGCGUACCCCGCCAGUGCAGGGUUACGUAUUUCUCUUAUCCUUACUG